AUGGUCAUUCUUGGAGGGCUAGAGAUUGUGGCAGGCGCCUACUUGAUUAACAAGCACGUCAAAAACAAGAGGGAACGUCAGAGGUUGGAGGAGGAGCGACAAAGGCUUGAGGAAGAACAAUAUCAUAUUUUCCCGCCGCGGGAGCGACCGCAUCGACACCAUCGCUCACACAGCGAACGCCCGCAGUCUCGCGACCGCAGAGAUCGUCACGGCUCACGAGAGUCGAGGAGGAGAGACUCCGACGAGAGGAGAUCGAGAAAGGAAGAUAGACCAGCUUCCAUGUCGCCUGCGCCGUCUUAUUACAAACCUCAAAAUAUCCCCUCUCGUCCGCUGGUACAGCAGCCUUAUAUCCCACCACCUCAUUCACAACAUAUCCCCCACGUAGCGCCGGCCACGCAGUCGACACAGCAGCCGCACGCGCCGCAACCCUACCCUCAAGAUAUCAAAUACGGGUGGACUGAAGAUGGAUCUUCGGCAUCAUCGCAGAGUCAACAGCAAGGAUUUCCACCGACAGGUUGGCCCGCUCAUUGGGACCAGACCCAACGGCCAGAGAACCUAAAUGAUGGACCUGGAAGAACACGGUCGAGAUCAGACUGCUCCACCAAAGGCAAAGCUUGUCUCUACACCCAGAGUCGUCGAGGGGGCUCCAGGAUACGCAAAAAGCGGGGGGAACCAUCAAGCAGAGACUUGAAGGCCGCCACAGUAUUAGACAACAACGACUUCAACCAAGUUUCACUAUCCAUAUUGCCUGAGUUGCAUCAGGCUGAUUUCGCUGAACCUUUAAGUUUGGUCUUACCGGGAGGCGGACUUAAACAACUAAAGACUAAAACAUUCAAAUACUGGUAUCCUGGCAUGGCUAAGAGUGCCGAGAUGCCAGCUUUUGAAUACAUUGAUACCAGAGCACUCCAACCUAUGACUACCCACCUGGAAGAUUUGGCAGUCUUUUUUAGGAUCAAAGCCCUGUUGUUAACAUCUUAUCCUCCUUCUAGACUUGACCUUUGCCUUGACGAUACAGAUUUCAUUUUUGACGCUAUCUUCAACGGACAAUCCGAAGAUAGCGGCUACAAUACUAGCGAGCACACGGGGUCAUUGGAGAAUGAACAAGCAUACACAUUCAUUCGGACAUACUCAAGUACCCAGGAUAUCCUCGGUGCCUACUAUGUAUACAUACACCCGUAUUUUCCUGUUCUUUUACCGCCGGAACCUCAACAAGUCUACGACGAUCCAGAUCUUGGAACACGAAAUGGUCCAGAUGCAGUCUUCCACAGCCGAAGUAACCCGUGUUUUGAACCCACGACACCUUUAAGUCUGGCAAUAUCGGCAACACUGGCCUUGAUUCCUCAUCCGGAUGAUCCAGAUCCGUCUGGGCAGGAUUCCAUCUACUUACGCCGAGAUCAAGCCCAGGCAUUUGCUCAAGCUGCGUUUGAAAGCAUUGAGAUUGAAUCGGAGCUGAUAGACUCAAUGAUACAGCCCUCGGAAGCCUUGAGUAGCACCCCCAAUUUGCCGAAUCGAGAGCCAUUUCAUCCUCAGUGUCCACUAGAGAACGAAAGUAUAAUUGCAUUGCUACUCUUGAGUUCCUACGAGUAUGCUCAGCGUGGAAACAUUUCCAAAAUGAGAAAUCGAGCUGGCCAAGCUUUGAGUGCUGCAAUGGGUCUCAACUUACAUUCUCGAUUGACCCAUCAAGGAAAUAUAGCAGAAGCUAACAGUAGAGUGUGGUGGAUGACGUAUAUUGCUGUCUGUCAAGGAUCAAUACUAAGCAACUCACCUCCUCCAGUGCUUCUUCACGACCCGCGGUUUAUAACACAGGGCCCUUCAUUCCGUGCAGAUCGAGAGUCAUGGGCAAUUUUCUUGCAAGCACAGCAAGUUAUUGUCUCGGCAACUCUGUUUGUCAUAGACCUCGACUCAACCAUGAAAAAUGGUUCCGAACCAUCUUCAAUCUGGCAACGUAUGCUCGAGCUAGAAAGCUUGAUCGAGCCCUUGGUUCUCAAAGCCGAUACAUGGGUUCUAGAAUCUUCACCGGCAGUCACUCUAGAUCUUGCCGAGCUCAAAGUUUCACAAGCUCUUCGGGGCAUGGCAAAAAUCAAAUUAAACAGCGCUCGUAUCAAACUUCAUCGUUAUUGCGCUUUCCUUGACAUUCCCAUUUUUACCAAAAAGCAUUGCGAUCUACGCCCUGCCAGCCCAAUUACUGCCACCCAGCAGAUUGAAUCAUGCCCUUGUUCUAGUACAUUUCACCAACUUGGAUCCCCCUCCUCUAUCUCCAGUUCAGUCGCCUCUCCAGCGGUGCCGUGUGGUAUCUUGCCUUUUUCUUCACACUUUUCUGCAAAGGUGUGCCUCAAAUCCGCCUUUGCAAUCGCGCGGUCGUUCGCUUCGCUUCCUUAUCCGGAGCCCAUCCGUCCCAACGAUCCAUUGGCAUUCCUUAUGCCUUUCACGGAAAACGAGAAAACACCGAGAAUGAUUCCUGUGUUUGCGUGCUGCGCAAUGCAAAGUAGCUAUGCAAUGAUCAUGUUGUCAUACAAGACUCGCGCCAUGGGCUUCGCUGGUUUGGAUGGGGUCGGCGGAGAACAGCAUGUGGAAAGACUUCUGGGCCAACUGCAAGAGGGGCUAGAACUCGUGUUAAACGCACUGAGAAAUUACAGUAUUGCUUACGAAGCUCUUGGGGGAAUGAGAGAUCAAAUCGAGCUGGCUGUUCAGUCUCUCAAGACACUAGAUAUUAACGACUCGUUUGAGUAG